AUGUGCAUGGAUCCCAGGUCAAAAUGCGCCAAGUGCGGCAUCCUCCACCUAGAGUCGUGCAACGUCAUCGUCAAAGAAGGCGACAGGGCUCUCGUGUGCAAGGACUGCACAGAAGACAUCGACUCCGGUGAUGACGGAGCACGCGCUACAAAGAAGCGGAGGAAAGGCGAGAAGGUCACGUUGCCGGAGGGCGACAGCACUGUGGAGGUGGAUACGAGCAUGUCGCGGAACACGGUUGUCCACGCAGAGGAACUUUUUGCCUCACGAACCAACACGUACACGGGCGGCUCUCCGCUCAAGACCUACAACCGCCCCAAACUUGCCAUCGUCGACCUCACGCGCCAGGACUUCUUAUUCAAGGACACGCCGGCCUCUAAAAACGUCUUGAAGAAUGCUGUUGAGGGCCUUAUGGAGGUGUUGGACGAGAAAGGGACGAUUGCGUGUGCCAUCCCUCGUCCCUGGUAUUUUAAAGGCAACCUGCUUGUGGGGGCCUUCAAAGAAUUCCCCGACAAGUUGUUCAUCGAUCCAACUCCGGUCGUCAUCUCCUACCAGAGCGUCUCUGGAGGCGCUCAACACAAGAGCCACGAGCUGCUGCACCGCAACCAGCAGGAACACGUGCUGAUGGUGCAUCGCGCACCUCCAGCUGCAGGUGGCACAGUGAACUUCACGUGCAACAGACGUGUUGUGGUGUCGGAUGUGUUCGGCCACUCGCGAGGCAACAUUCCACACGCACGACAUGUCAUCCAGUUGGAAAACUUGCCCGCCGGGGCACCCAACGGGGGCUCGCGGACGUUCUUUCCUCCGACCGCAUCGCAGUAUUUCAUCGCGAGGUUCACCAACGCCGGCGACACGGUGCUAGGAGUUGGCGUCGAAAGUACAACAGUCGCAGAGGAUGCCAUCUCACGGGGGCGCCGGGUCGAGUUUUACGUGACGGAUGAGUCCAAGCGCGCUAGUCUGCAGGCGAAGAUCAGCUCGACCUUUCAUAAGGCGCACAGCUCGGGCAUGUUCCAGAGCCGACGUGUAGGGAAGGAGGUUGUGGUCGGUCCGAACUGCUUACCUGCUGGCCUUCCGCCGUCCACUGUGCCCGAGCGUGUGUCCGGAGCCCUCAAAGCGGCACUGGAGAAGGAACCAGACGAACCAGACGUUCUUACGGCAUCUUACACCGUAGCUCAGACGAUCGCCAAGACAACCCACCUCACCCUUCAGGGUGACCACCACAGCCCCAAGCUAAUGACGAAGAAGCCGAGGAGAGCCAGUAAGGCGCGGAAAGAGGUGUCCGACAUCCCCGUGUGGGGCGAAUUGAUCGUUUACCCUUCGGCCCAGGCCGCCAAGGAUUCGCUGACCCAAGAGGAGGUGGAUGAAGAGUACGUUCGUCUCCUCCGAAUCGCCACCAACGCUUAGCUUCAGCUUAUGCUGGAACCGGGUACGGAGCGUUGCACUCCUGAGGCAGGGUUGUACUUGAGGGUGGCUGCGACGUGCCCCGUCUUUUGGGUUAGGUCGGAAUCAAAGACAAAGGCCGACCUUGACAUUAGCUGUGAUAUCCCUCAGCGCGGCCUUCGGGCGAACAUUCUAGAGACUUUCAGCUCUUCUGGCGACGGAAGUAGUGGUGGUGCGGUGAGGGUCCGUCAUGUUCGAAACAAGCCUUUUUGCAACAAAAAACUACAAGGAAGAGGCUCUGUUCGUUAGCACGGAAUGUCGGCGAAUCGUUGGCUCGUUGAUGUUCGACUGUGUCGUAGCAGGCGUUCAGGACGGGGAGGAGGAUGAGGAUGAAGAGGAGUGAUCAGGCUUUUUAGCACUUGUCGGCGGUGCUCAAUAUCAACACCAGGGGGAUCGUGCGUAGCUCUUAAAAUAUAGGUAGGUGGCGAUUGCUCUCUUUUGGGUAUCUGUUUUCGGCCGUGGUCGUGUUCUUCGGCUGUGUCAACUAUCAGUAAAAUAG